GGAGGGGCGCUUCUUGUUCUUCUUCUCCCGUGGUAAUUGUUGGUUAGGGUUUCUCAAAACUGCAGUAGUCGAGGGAGGGUUUGAAGAGUCCUGCUUCCUCAACACACACCAUCCGUGACAGUAGCAAUGGAUCCGUCGUCGCUCGAUACAGCUGAAUUGCAGCGUUUCCUCAGCCAAGAAAAGGAAAGAGCCAUGAUGAAUGAGAUGGUAGCGAAGCUAACUAGCGUGUGCUGGGAUAAGUGCAUUACUAGCACACUGGGAAGCAAGUUUAGCUCAGGCGAAUCAGCAUGCCUUUCCAACUGUGGUCAGCGGUACUUGGACUUGUCCCUGAUCAUCAUGAAGCGCAUCCAGUCCAUGCAGUGAGAGAGAUGAGGACCGAGUUAGCUCUCUGUUGUCUCAGUCGUUAUCUGAGUAUAAGUGCACUUUUAUUUGGAGAACCAUCUAUAAAUGUAACUGGAACCAUUAAUCAUUUUGACUGUUAUACUUCAAGUGCAUGGUUGUUGUUUUCCCAAAUAGUUGAGAAUUGUACCACUUGAUGUCCAUUGAUAUGUUGCAUUCAUUACCGAUGUCUUGUUCUUGCGACUAGUUGCUGCUAGGCAGGAAGAAGUAUGGUCAAGGCUCCAACCUGUCCUGAGGGAAACAGGCCAACCAAAUUCGUUGCAUGUUGACCUUUGGAGAGCACUUGCUGAUGCUUUGGUAGUCUCAGAGAUUGCGAAUGCUACUCUCCCUCCUAGAUACUACACUGCAUAUCCCAAAUAAAUCUUCAUCUCCU